AUGGGGAUUUGUGGGGAGAAACUCCAAAGGGCAGGAGGGGGGGUGGGCAGAUCUGAUCUGGGUCAUGGAAGUCAGCUCCAAUUCAUGUCAGAAUGGUGUCCAUGGAAAGCUGAUAUUGAGUGGAUGCUGGGGAUACUGCAUCAGCUCAAUAUGAAUGGGUGGAUGGCUGGCAAUACCCUGAUUAGUGGGACUUGCAUCCAGGGUACAGCUUGUGAGAUCUGGAUGACUCAAAUCAGGUCUGAUUCAUGCUGGAAUGGUAUCCAUGGAAAGCUGCUGUUCAAUGGGCAGAUGGCUGGCAAUAGUCUGAUUAAUACCAAAUACAUCCAGGGUGCAGCAUGCAAGAUCUGGGUUGCUCAAAUCAGCUCUGAUUCAUGCCAGAAUGGUGUCCAUGGAAAGCCGCUGUUGAGUGGAUGCUGGGGAUACCUCAUCCACUCAAUACAGAUGGGCAGAAGGCUGGCAAUAGUCUGA